ACAGCGCUCCUCUUACCAGAGCCAAGCCGAACCGCACACGCACGGGCACGGUCACGAGCGCGAGCGCGAUGACCCGCUCGCGCAUCUUUACGCACACGACACGCGUUUCGCUCCACUCGAAGCAACAUUCUGCCUCUUUGCGUGUCAUUUUCUCGCGGGGGACCAUGAAGGCAGUACGGGUCCAUGAAGUCUUCUACGGGCUUCUGCUCCUCAGCCUCAUGGUCGGAACAGUGGAACCUUUCCGAAACUUGAAGAAAGUCCAAGAAGAUAUCGACUGGUCGUACACAGGUGCCCUGAACCAGCGUAACUGGGGUAAGAAGUACCCGUCGUGUAACAGCGCCAAACAGUCCCCUGUGGACAUCGACGAGACCUUCACGCAGGUUCGACUUCAGUACCAGAAUCUGCAACUGGAGGGCUGGGACAGACUCAUGGCAGAGUCCACAACUAUCCACAACAACGGGAAAACAGUGGCUAUCAAUGUGGAUGGCGACUUCGACAUACGUGGAGGUGGACUGAGCUCCAGGUUCCGUGUUGAUACCAUCACCUUCCACUGGGGGCGCUGCAAUGCUACUUCAGAUGGGUCUGAGCACAGCCUCAAUGGGAUGAAAUACCCUCUUGAGAUGCAAAUCUACGCUUAUGACCCAGAUGCUUUCCAAAGUCUGGAUGAGGCCAUCAGGGAGGGAGGCAGGAUUGCGGCAUUAGCUGUGCUGUUUGAGAUCAGCUUAGAUGACAACGAGAACCUCAAUCCUGUCAUCGAUGCUGUCAACACUGUUAGUCGAUUGGGUAAGAGUGGAUCAAUGGAAGCCUUGGCCUUGCACUCCUUGCUGCCAAAUAACACCGCCAAAUACUACAUCUACAACGGCUCACUGACUUCUCCUCCCUGCACGGAAACGGUCGAGUGGGUCGUCUUUAAACAAACCGUGGCCAUAUCGGAAACACAGCUGGAGGUCUUCUGUGAGGUGAUGACCAUGGAGCAGGCAGGCUACGUGAUGCUGACAGAUUACCUGCAGAAUAACUUCAGAGAGCAGCAGCAGUUCAUGGGGCAGGUGUUUGCCUCGUACACAGGAGUAGAGGACGUGCCCACGCCGACCUGCAGUUCAGCACCAGAAAAUGUCCAAGCUGACGCCCAGAAUGAGACAACCAUUGUUGUGACGUGGGAGCGUCCCCGCGUGGUUUAUGACACGACCAUCGACUGGUACACUGUCACCUACGAGAGGCUACAAGGCCAAAACCAGAGGAAGUGGGAGUACAGGACUGACGGGGAUCAGGAUGUGGGAGCCAUCAUCUCCAGCCUGCUGGCCAACAGCAGCUAUGUGGUUCAGGUGGUGGCUGUUUGCACCAAUGGUCUCAGAGGAAGAUGGAGCGUUCAGAUUAUAGUGGACAUGCCAUUAGAGGAUCCUGAGAGUGAUACAUUUCCGGAUGUCUCCAAAGACUUGAAAAGCAGCAAAGAGCCGUCACCAAACAUCAGAUGGCAGAAUCCGGAGAAUCCCAAUCCCUUAGAUUUGACUCCAGUAGAUCACAGUCCAGUGGAGGAGAUCCCGGCAGAGCAGACCAGAGUUUACCAGAACCAACCCACACACCACCCCCGGCUGAAAUCAACCCAGAACCCCCCGGUCCAGGUCACCGCUCAGUCAAGCCCAAAGCCUCCUCCACCCGAGUCGCCCGUCCAGAAAACACGGCUCAACCCCAAUGGGAAAAAGAAACCCAGCAAGUCUAAAAGUGACGAUGUGAGCAAAAACCAGAUCGAUGACGGGAGGAGAACUCGAACACAACGGAUAUUUACCCAUGGUGGCUUGGAUGGGAACGGUGCAAUCUGGGUAACUGGUAUAACCGAGCAGCCGGGCUUCCUGUUUCCUGUUUCUGCACCUAACACUCUGCCUACUGUCCGCCGUCAAAUCACAGAAGAGGAGUCUCUGCCGCAUCAGACACAAGAUCUCAAUCCAACAGAUCCAAGUGAAAGUGACCUCCCUUCUCCUGAGUCGGACCUGUACUCCUUCUCUGUGGAGGAUAUCCAAGUCACCGAUGUCUUCUAUGAAGACUCACUCAACAGCUCUUCAUCCCAAAUCCCCACUUCCCCCUCAGUGGGAUCCACUGUUACACUGCCAGAUACUGAUGUGGCCAAAGGGACGCCACAGUCCUCUGAAGACAGCGAUUCACCUGUGAACAAACCUCCGGAAACCAGCACCUCGUUCUGGAUCCCUGAGAGAACGGCGACCGGGAGCAACAACCUCGCCGAUACCGUUUACAAGUCUUUCACCUCCUCCUCUCUCCUCAGGGUGCUCAUGCACACCACCCAGCCAAUGUUUAAUGAGGGAAGCAACAGCAGUCACGAAUCGCACGUCGGGUUGGUUGGCGUUGCGGACAGGGAGAAGAGGACCGUCAUUCCUCUGGCUGUUGUCUCCACUCUCACCAUCCUGUGUUUGCUAGUGCUGGUGGGCAUUCUGGUCUAUUGGAGAAACUGUUUCCAGACAGCUAACUUCUACCCCGAGGACACCACGUCACCUAAAGUCAUAUCAGCUCUGUCCACACCUCUGCUGCUCGCCACAGAUGGUCACGAGCCACUGACGGUGAAGCAGUUUGUGAAGAACGUCAUGGAGCUCCACAACACCAACACGUUCUCCAAGGAGUUUGAGAUUGUGAAAGAAUCCUAUGAGGAGGUACAAGCGUGCACAGUGGACAUGGGCAUCACUGCAGACAGCUCCAGUCAACCCGAGAACAAAUCCAAGAACAGAUACAUCAACAUCCUGGCCUAUGAUCACAGUAGAGUGAAGCUCACCAACAGUUUGGACAAGGACGGGAAAUGCGAGGACUACAUAAAUGCAAACUUUGUUGAUGGUUAUGAGCGUACCCGGGCCUACAUCGCAGCCCAAGGUCCUCUCAGAGCAGGCAGGGAAGACUUCUGGAGAAUGAUCUGGCAGCAGAACAUUGGUGUCAUCGUCAUGAUCACCAAUCUGAAGGAGAAAGGACGGACCAAGUGUGAUCAAUACUGGCCAGAGGAUGGGCAGGAGCAAUAUGGUUCAUACCAGGUGACCCUGAAGAGCAGCAAGACCCUUGCUUACUACACACUGCGGGCAUUCAUUGUCAGAGAUACCACAAAUAAGGUAUCCCAGAGGAAAGUCGAACACACAGUCCAGCAUUACCACUACACCCAGUGGCCAGACAUGGGCGUCCCGGAAUACACUCUUCCCGUCCUGUCCUUCAUCAGAACAUCCUCUCGGGCCAGAACGCAGGAGAUGGGACCCGUCUUGGUUCAUUGCAGUGCUGGUGUAGGGAGAACGGGGACCUAUAUUGUCAUAGACAGCAUGCUGCAGCAGAUCGAGGAUCAAGGGACGGUGAAUGUCCUCGGUUUCCUAAAACAUGUGCGGACUCAGAGGAACUUCCUAGUUCAGACAGAGGAGCAGUACAUAUUCAUCCACGACGUCUUAGUGGAGGCCAUCUUGAGCCGCCACACCUCUGUCGCUUGCGACCACCUCCACUCGUACGCAUCCGGCCUGCUGACACCCGGAGUGUCAGGCCGGACGCGCAUGGACAAGCAGUUCAAGUUGAUCAGUCAACGCCAAGCGAAACACGCCGACUACAGCACUGCUCUCCGAGAUGGCAACGCUAUGAGGAACAGAGCCAGAGCGCUGAUGCCUGUGGAGAGAUCAAGAGUUUGCCUAACUGCCACUGCAGUAAACUCAUCAGGCUACAUCAACGCCUCCUACGUGCUGGGCCAUCGCCACAGUAAGGAAUUCAUCGUGAGUCAGACGCCGCUCAGCAGUACCGUGGAGGAUUUCUGGCGAAUGAUCUGGGAGCAUAACACACACACCGUCGUCCAUCUGCCCGACGUGCAUUAUCAGAGUGAGGACUGGGACCCGUGUGUGUAUUGGCCUUCUGAAGAGCAGAUUAUGAACUUUGAGGGAUUUACUGUGUUGUAUUCAGGGGAGAGACACGUGUGUCUGUCCAAUGACGACAAAGUGCUUGUGCAAGACGUCACGUUAGAAUCCACGCAGAACAAUUUUGUCCUGGAGGUCCGUCUAUACAGCGCUUCCUGCUGGCCCAACCCUGACAGCCCCAUUAGGAAUGGUUUUGAACUCGUCAACAUAGUCAGUGAGCACAGGAGACACACACACGGACCUACAGUCGUACACGACCCGUUGGGAGGCGUUACGUCGGGUCUUUUUUGUGCCCUCACUACUUUGUCCAAUCAGCUGCAAGAGGAGGGGCAAGUCGACGUCUACCAGGUGGCACGAAUGACCAACCUCAUGAGGCCGGGGGUGUUUAAUGAUAUAGAGCAGUACCAGUAUCUGUACCGGGCUGUGCUGAGUCUGGUGAGCAGCCAGGAAGACCAGCGAGCCCUCCAGAGUCCAGAGACCAAUGGAUCAGUACUGCUGGGGAAGACUAACAUUACUGAAAGCCUUGAAUCACUCAUGUAGAUGACACACACACACAUGCUAAUGCAAACAUAAUAACCGUACAGUACAUGUACUGGUCAGUGUUGAGGCUCCUCUGCAAACGUCCAAGAGCUGUGAGUACUUUUUACAUGCUUAAAGGUCAAAUCCAAUCUAAGAUGAAAAGGCCAAUUGUCUCACUGUCAACAUUGUAAUAGCCAUUUGAUCACACAUAAUGUGACAAAAUGUACCUGGAAGUGUUCUCAGCUGAGCAUCCGUUCAGCAAAAUAAAACGAUGGGCACGGCCUAAUUUAAAAUUCUAAAUUAAACACUUCCUCAUUUCAAUCUAAUAUGCAUUCAUUUCCGUGAUAUUGGCUAUUUCCAACAUCAAAUGUUUUCCAAUCAUUGUUCCAUUCCAAUUUGCUUCCUAAACCAGAAUUUCAAGAUUUAAGAAAUACAAAUGACAACCUAAUAUUUUUCAGAAGUAGUAAUGGGGAACUACUGCAAAGGCCAUUGGCUCUGUGGCCUUUUGUAAUAAUCCAAGCUCUUGUACUUCAAAGGCUUUUUUUUUGCUCCUGCGACUGUUUGACUAAACCAAAAUAACGCUCUGUGAUCUGUCUUUUUUUUUUUUAUUAUUAUUAUUAUUAUUUUUUUUUUUUUUUUACUAAAGCUGGCUACUGUCUUGUUUGCACUUGUUGAGUCAAAUAUGAAAGGUUAGACACUCCAUCCAAAUUCUGUUGUGAGUAUUGAAGAUAUUUGUCAGUAUUUUGUCCAGGUCUCCUAUCAGACACGAUCAAUUAAUCAGUCAGCUUUCUUCGACAGCAACUAUAUUACAGAACCUUUUUUGUGUAAAUAUCCCUUAUAUACCAAAAGGCCAAAUUGCUGUAUGUUUUUACUCUAUCUAUAUUUUCUAUGACAUUUUUCUAGCCAUUUACACAUACUGUACAACUGUGUGAAUUCUAUUUGAUAAUUUCACAUACAGAUCAUAGAUUUAACUCAUUGUUAACGCUUUUUUAUCAUUCCGGUAAUUGUAGCAAGUUAACAUGUCUGCAGCCACAAACGUGUGCAGUAUGUAAAUAGCAACAGAUUGAAUAAAGACUUGAAUAUGA